GCCGCGUGGUCGUUGCCUUAUUUAUUCAACGGCCGGCCGGCCGUUCCUGUUCGCGGGCGUUCCGGCACGUUCGCGCUUUCACUUUUCUUCGAGCCACAACGUCGUCUUACCGUCCGUCGCCAGCAGUGGAGCGUUUCGGUCGCACAGAGACACACCAAGUGCGCACGCAUUGAGACGGCCAAUGGUCUGAGCAGUCCACGACGAGCGGGCGAUUCGUCCUUCAUAUUUGUUUUCCCAAACGAGCAUCGCGCCGACUUUCCCUCCCUGGCCUUAGGCCCCCGACGCUCGGAGCUCCGAGCAGCGCGUCGCUGAGUCAUCCGUCCCCCGCCGUUGCACAGAGCGUGGCGUCGCCGCGCUCGUAACUCCGCUCGGCGUUUGCCAUGGAAAGUCCGUUGGCGCAAAAUCUGCACCCAUUUUUAUCAGAUCAGAUUGAUAAAGAAUCCCUUUACAACUGGCCGGGCCCCCUCACCUCGAUUGAGCCGCGUCUCAUCCUUGGACACAAACGUCGUAACUCCGACGACCACCGCACGGCAACCUCACCGACAAUGCCUGACACUGAGGAGCGCAGCGAGAGCCCCGAGUCCGACGCAGGCGGCGGCCCUCGCACCGGGGGCUCAGGCGGCUCAGACCAACCGCCCGCCCGCAAGCGCCAGCGCGUCCGCCUGAGCUGCCUCGAGUGCCGCCGGCGCAAGCUCUCGUGCGACCGUGGCUUCCCCUGCGAGCGCUGCAUCAAAAGCGGCACCCCGGACCGGUGCAGCUACGAGGCCCGCAACGGCGAGGUCGUCAACGCCUCCUCCGGCGUGCCCCCGCCCUUUGCCCAGCUCGACUCACGCCGCUUCGGCAUCGGCGCCGACGCCGCCGCGGGCUUCGCCGCCCGUGAGGACCAUGACCGCAUUCGGAGGCUUGAGCAUGAGAUCGCCCAGCUCAAAAACCUCCUCGCGCGCCCCGGUGCAGGCGCAGGCGCAGGCGCCGGAGCGGCCUCCUUUGACGGCAGCACCAUCGCCGGCACCAACUCACCCUCAACCCAAAAGGAUGACGCCCUCGACGCCGACUCUGGACCCCGCCCUGAGGUCCAGGAGUGCAUUGAGGCCAGCAACAUGAGCGGCGAAAAGGGCGAGCUGCGGUUCUUCCGCGGCAAAGGCUUCCGCACCCGCUACUUUGGCCCGCACAACGCGAGCAUGGCCUUUGUCGAGCUCACCGGCCUCUGCCCCUUUAUGAGGGAGACGGCCGACGAGUGGCUGCGGCCCGUCAUUCUGCACGACCGCAAGGACCGCAACCGCCGCAAGGAGGAGCGCGAGAUCAUCUUUGAGCAGCCCGAUGCCGAGCUCAUCGCCCUGCUCCCCACCAAGGAGGAGACGGACGCCCUCAUCAACGUCUACAUGGACCAGUUUGAGCAGGUGCACCGCAUCGUGCACAUCCCCACGUUCCGCAAGGAGUACGCCGACUUUUGGACGCCCGACAGUAAGCAGCGCUACGCCGCCUUUACCGCUCUCAUCCUCUCCAUGAUGGCCGUCGCCAGCUGCGUGCACACGCACGAGUCGCUCAAGUUUAUCGGCAUGAUGUCCAACGCCCGACACAUGGCCGAGAAGUGGAUCGACGCAUGCGACGCAUGGCUCUCACGCCAGAGCCAGAAGCACCGCAAGCUCAUCCAUUUCCAGAUCGCGUGCCUGCUAUACCUGGGCAAGCGCGUCAACACCAUCAAAAAGAAGCGCUUCUGGACCGGCGCCGGCGCGCUGAUCCAGGACGGCAUCUCGGUGGGCCUGCACCGCGAGCCCAGCCACAUGGCCGGCAAAAUUAGCGUCUACAACCAAGAGAUGCGACGGAGGAUCUGGACGACGGUUCAGGAGUUUGACAUGCAGGCCUCGUUCGACCAUGGCUUGCCCACACUGUUGAGCCAGCUGCACUACGACACCAACCCCCCGCGGAAUUUGGACGAUGAGGACUUUGACGAAGAUACGGCCACGCUGCCGCCUUCGAAGCCGCAGAAGGAGUACACCUUUAGCUCGUUCCAGAAUCUCGCGCGGCAGAGCCUCAUGCUUCGUCUGGAGCUGAGCCGGCUGCUGACGGGACCCUUGUCGGACAUUGACUAUGAUCAAGUCAUCCGAUACACCAACGAUCUCACUCAAGAGAUUGACGCCCUUCCGUCGUGGGAUAUGAACACGGACAACACCAAGAGCAAGAAGAACCCACUCAUCGCUUAUACCCUCCUGCACGUGCAGCUGCGGCAAUACAUCAUCCCGCUGCACCAGCCCUACCUUAAGCUGCGCAAGCAAAACUCAAAGUACCAGUACUCGGAGAUUAUCUACUACAACGCCGCCCGUGACAUUGUGCUCCUGCACGACAAGCUCUACGAGCAGGGCAUCCGGUCCCUCAACUUCCUGCGCGAGGACGCGCUGACGACUGCCAUCAACCUGUGCAGCGUGACGAUGCUGCAGCCGCGGGGAUCAACCAACAUGAUCAUGAUCAACUCGCACCACACGCUCAAGCUUAUCGAGAAGUGCAUCGCCAUGAAGGAGGACCGGCUGCUCCGCUGCGGCAACAACGAGCCGUGGGGCUACUCCAUCAUGUGCUCAGCGCUCGGGCUGCUCGAGGCGCACCUGGGCACCAAGACGCCCGAGGUGGCCAAGUCGACGUCGGCGGAGCGGUUCGUCAACCUGCACUAUCGGCUCCUCGCGAACCAGGAACCGCCCAUCUCGUCCGGACAGGGCCCGAACACGCCGCUGAGCGGCGCGGCGGCGACCAUGUCGGCGCCGGGGCUGGGCCCGGGCCCGGGUAUGGAGGUGCCCGACAGAGCAAAGGUAACCACUUCCAGUGCGUCGCGCCGCCUUGACAGUGGAUCUGACGCUUUACCGCAGUCUGUGACGCCGUUCGCGUUCAACCCGGCCAUGUCGGCGGUGCCAGUCGACCCGGCGACGGGCGCGGCUCCGUGGAUCCUGGGUGGGGACCAGACGCAGCCAUUCAACCUGGAUCCGAGCCUGGAGUUGCUGGGGCUCAAUCUCAAUGAGAUUUGGGGCGAGUCGUGGGAGCUGGGAUAGAUAUAUAGAUAUACGUGUGCAUUCGGGGCGGAGUGCCAUGUCAUCGACUUAUUUUCUGGGGGAGAGCGUCGUGUACGAAAGAAGUAUAUAUUUAUCGCGUGGACGGACGGGUACAAAGGUUUAUUUAUGGGAGAUACGAAGCGACGAAGUUAUGGCGUUUGGGCAACCAUCAUGUACAACAGAAGAUACCAGAUAUUCAUCGAACCUCACGGCUCAUAUUGCAACACCC